CUCAUAUUUCUUCUCUGCUAUAUAUAUAUAUAAAAAUGGAGUCCUAAUUGUUUCUUCACCAGUUCCAGAAUUCUGAAUUGCAGUACCACAGGAGGAUCUCUAAGUUAGGGAUUUGGUCUGCUAUGGCAUCCAAGCGGAUUCUCAAGGAGCUGAAGGAUCUCCAGAAAGAUCCUCCCACCUCUUGCAGCGCUGGCCCAGUGGCUGAAGAUAUGUUUCAUUGGCAAGCAACAAUCAUGGGUCCAGCUGACAGUCCCUAUUCUGGUGGAGUGUUUCUUGUUACCAUUCAUUUUCCACCGGACUAUCCAUUCAAGCCACCAAAGGUAGCUUUCAGGACAAAGGUUUUCCACCCGAACAUCAAUAGCAAUGGCAGCAUAUGCCUAGACAUUUUGAAGGAACAGUGGAGCCCUGCACUUACCAUCUCCAAGGUACUGCUCUCUAUCUGUUCUCUGCUGACAGACCCUAAUCCUGAUGACCCUUUGGUGCCGGAGAUUGCUCAUAUGUACAAAACUGAUAGGAGCAAGUAUGAGACAACUGCCCGGAGCUGGACUCAAAAAUUUGCCAUGGGAUAGUUGCUGUGACCAUAUCUGGAGGGAGGGCUCCAUCCCUGCUGUGGUAUUUUGUAUUAUCUAUGGAAUAGUUGCUGUGACCAUCGGGCUCCGUCCCUGCUGUGGUAUUUAGUAUUAUAUAUUAUGUAUUAAGAAAUUGUGUUCUUAUGCAUAAUCAAACUUAAAAGCUUGUAUUAAGAAAUUGUGUUCCUAUGCAUAAUCAAACUUAAAGGCGGGAAAGUCGAACAGGGUCCUUCCUGAAACAAUUUGAUUUUCUCUUUGCUUGCAAGAAUGUUAUUAGUUAUGGUGUUAAAACUCUA